AAGGAACGGGAGACGGAGAGAGGAAGAGAGAGAGGUAGGAGGGCGAGGAAGGGAGAAUCAACCCCACCUAGACCCGUCUGACACGAAGGACACCGACACACAGACACACAUAGAAAGAGUCACGGACCAGGACCCGAAACCCGAGACCUUUUUUCUUCUGCCAGGACAAACGGCCACUUUCCCCCCCGUCGUCUCGCGAGAAACUUCAUCGUUUUUUAGCAGGUGAUGAUCUUGGAUUAUUGCUUUUUUUCUUAAGGAUGCAUUUUGAAGUGAGCUCAGCUUGUCGAGCAAUGGCCCAACAGACGAACCAGAGCCAGGUGCCCAUGCUUUGUGCCACAGGCUGCGGUUUCUUUGGCAACCCAAGAACCAAUGGUAUGUGCUCCGUAUGCUACAAGGACCACCUGACACGGCAGCAGAGCAGCGACCGCAUGAGCCCCCACAGCCCUAUGGUCUGUUCUCACCUAGGCUCGGCUGGUAGUCUUACCUCAGAGGCCUCAGCCAUCCAGAGACUAGAAGCCAGUCUCGCCAGGGUUGAUGCCUCCCCUGCCUCGUCACCAGUCAUGUCUAGAACUGUUCAAGGAUCUCUUCCUGUGACCCAACAAAUGACAGAGAUGAGCAUCUCGAGAGAGGAGCCAGAACCCUUAGAGCCUGUUGUAAACCAGCCUGCUGCUUCUAGCCCUUCUCCUGUAGCUUCUUCCAGCAGUGAAGAAGGCAAGGGUGACACCCCAAAACCCAAGAAGAAUAGGUGCUUCAUGUGCCGCAAAAGGGUGGGCCUUACAGGGUUCGACUGUCGCUGUGGCAACUUGUUCUGUGGCAUCCACCGGUACUCCGACAAGCACAACUGUCCCUACGAUUACAAGGCUGAGGCUGCCGCCAAGAUCCGUAAAGAGAACCCUGUGGUGGUGGCUGAGAAGAUCCAGAGAAUAUAGAUUUUACAAAACAGAAGCAGCAACAAUGACAACACCGUUAACAAAGACUGGAGAAUGAGUGUGAACCUUUUUGAAAGGAGCACUGACAAGAGUGACGAAGUGAGGAUCGAAAGGACUUGAUUUACAAAAUUACAACCUCAAGAAAAUGAUGGAGAAAAAAAGAAAAAAUCAAAACAUCCUGUCUGAGGGAGAUGCAUGAAUGAUCACUUUCCUCUUUAUUUUGAUUAAUUCAUUAGUUUGUUUUAUCCUACUUUCUGUGGUGUAACUUUGCGGCUGUUCAGUCCUCUUUUUUUAAUUAAUAAUAUGUGUUGUCUUAUUAAGAGCAGCCCAAGCUAACUGUCCAGGAUAUGGUGUGCUCCUCUCUCCCAAACCAGGCGCCAUUUUGUGCCAAACCGUAGACAGCCAUUUUACUAAGACCCUGUCGUGUGUCAGACACGAGCACGUCUUUCAAAGCAUUCAGACUACACAGUAACAGUCCACACGAGUUGCGUCCCUUAACCUUUGAACGUCUUGUGCUCCGUUGGUACUGGAGAACCGUACAACUGUCCCCCACCAUGCACAAGGGGCUUUGUUACUUUGUCUCUGUCUUCCCUAGCUUUACCUACCUCACAGCUGCUAUGUUAAGCUUAGUUGUCUUCCCUUUUACUUUGUUUUCAUCAGCUUCGACCCCAGCAGAACCAUGGAUCAUCUUGAUAGUCAGCCUCAGUGACCCUCUGAUCAGCAUGACUGUGUUGACUUUGAUUGGUUUGAUUGUGAUGAGGCUGUUUCCAUUAUGGCUGGAGGUAUCAUGCUAGACAGGGACAAACAAAUUACUCCCAAGUUUCACUGAAUCUAAACAUUUUCAAAAGACGUGAUGGGUAAAGGUCUGAACUGGUCUGAGCUCCUGGUGCAGGGCUGUGUGUACUGAUGUAUGGCCUGAGAGGAAGGAUGGCACCCUUCCCUUGCAGGCCUGGUCGGUAGAUUAAGCAUCAAUAUUGUAGGAGCAUGAAUGAAUGGGAUAAAUGCAUGAGUUACUCUUCAUCUGCGUUAGUGUUUCAGAAAUAGGGUUUUACACAUUUUAUUUGCUCAGAGACAAUUAUCUGUUUGUUUUAUUAGUUUUUCUCUCUUCCAUUGAUAUUGUACUGAUGUUAGCGCAUGCAUUAAGUGCAUUUGUGGAAUUAGGGUAUGUGAACCAUGAUUUUUUUUCCUUAUUUUAAAUAUGCUAACAGAACAUUCAUGUGAGCACAGUGAGUGUGUGUGUGUGUGUGUGUGUGGUUCCCCAACCUUUUUGUCUGUGGAGCUAUCCGGUUUAUCAGCACAUGUUUACAGAACUACAGGAGCAUGCCAGAGCUAGAUUUAUGAAAAAUAAUAGAUUACAAGAUUAGAUGUAACUUCUCAUCUUCCCAACAGCUAUUUGUCUGUAUGACUGCUUUAGAGCACCAUAUAGGUGUGUGUGUGUGUGUGUGUGUGUGUCUGUUUUCAUGGCUGCCUGACACAUUGAAGCCCAUGUAUGUUUGUGACUUGUGUUAAUCCCUUGUUUUCUCCCCCUGUGAGGAUGUUUGAUUGUUUUCAUUUAAAAGACAAUUGUAUGUAUCCGUUUUGAAUUUUUCCUUUCCGAUUCUUAGUUAUAUGCAAAUUUGUACAAAAAAUGAAAAAACAACAAACUGUUGAUAUUUAUGUAUUACAUAUAAUCUUGCUAUCCAGCAUUACGACAGACUAGUAUCAUGUAAAUAAAACUGUACAGAGAGACAUUAA